AUGUCGUCCUCAGCUAUGGUAUUCGACCAGAGGCUUUUCGGUAUUAAAACAUUUACUAACUCACGUACGAUUGUAGAUACGACCUCCACUUUCACGGGCAAUUACUCUGCACUGUUCAGAAACCAGACUGACACGCAAGAAAUCAUGUUGCAUGUUUAUGAGCGCUGGAACCUCAUCAAAAGGAUAUUUUCUACGCGCAGGCGUAUUUUGAAAUUCCACUGCUUCGUGGCUUUCUGA